AUGGAUAAUAAUAUAAACAUUAAUUAUGAUAAUUAUGGUCCCCAGAACCAUAAUCCGUUGUCCGUAGAAGAAUACACAUUAAGAAGUAGGGGCAAUAUAAAUGAACCUGGAACGUUAUCAAAUAUAAAUAGUGUAUCUAAUGUUUCUAACUCUACUAAUAAUAUAGGAACAAACACAAUGAAUUUUAAUAAUUCAAAAGGUUUUAUUAUUAAUCCAUUUAAUGAAAAUUAUAGAAAACAUAAUAUAUGUACUUAUUUAGAUAAUAAAAGUACAAAUCUUAAUGGAGGGGUAAAUCAGUAUGACAAUCACAUGAAUGAUAUGAAUCACAUGAAUGAUAUGAAUCAUAUGAAUGAUAUGAAUCAUAUGAACCACAUGAAUUACAUGAAUCAGAUGGAUCACAUGAAUUACAUGAAUCAGAUGAAUCACAUGAAUUACGUGAAUCAGAUGAAUCACAUGAAUUACAUGAAUCAGAUGAAUCAGAUGAAUAUUCAACAUGAAAGAAACAAUGUAAAUGCUCCUAACAUUUAUAUUCAAAAUUUUGAUCAAAAUUAUGACAUAUAUUACAAUAACAACGGAAGAUCAAACGGCAAUUUAAAUAUUCAACAGGCUGACAACGCUCAUAACCCUUUGAUUUAUGAUAUAUCCGAAUUAUACAAUCGAGAAAAAAAUGAAAAACAAAAAACAAUAUUUAGAGAUGAAUACAGCAGCAGAACUAUAAUACAUACAUUAAGAAAUAAAAUAACUAAUACCCCUAUGAUAAAUAAUAGUGUUAAAAAUAUAGAAGAUACUAAUACCUCACAUAAUACAGAUGAAAAUGUUUAUAAUGUAUGCUCUAUGGAUGAAUACACAACAAAUAAAUAUGGAUCUAAAAAUUAUAAUGAAAAUGACCAAGUAAUAGUACAAGGAAAUAAUAUUGUACAAGGAAAUAAUAUUGUACAAGGAAAUAAUACUGUACAAGGAAAUAAUACUGUACAAGGAAAUAAUACUGUACAAGGAAAUAAUAGUGUACAAGGAAAUAAUAUUGUACAAGGAAAUAAUAGUGUACAAGGAAAUAAUAGUGUACAAGGAAAUAAUAGUGUACAAGAAAAUGACAAUAAUGAAAUAUAUGAGGAAGAAAAUUUAUCCAUAUUUCAAGAUUCAUUAAAGGAUAAUAUUGUGGAAUACAAUGUAUACCAUGAUUCAAGACAUCAUAAACCAAUCGAUGAACAAGAAGCACAUUAUAUAAAUAAUUAUUACACAAAUAAUAAUAAUGAUCAAUAUAAUACAAAUAGUACAAAUAAUAAUAACAUUGCAGGAAAUAACAUAAAUGUUAACAGUGCUUUUAAUCAGUAUAAAGAAAAUAAACAAUAUUAUAAUGUAUUGAAUACAUAUACAGGAAAUAUAAUGGAAAGAAAAAACAUUAUGAUGCAAAAUGUGGAUUAUAAUGAAAGAAUCAAUGGUAAUUCUAUUAAUAUACAAGGAUCUAAUAACCAACAAAUGAAUAAUCAAUUAAUGGACAAUAACAAUGUAAAUAUGUGCCUUAUGCAGGGUCCCUAUAUUAAUAAUCACAACAUGAAAAAUUUUUAUGUGGGUAGCAACUAUGGGGGUAAUAAUAAUAUGGUUCAUAGUAAUAUGGGUACUAAUAAUAUGGUUCAUAGUAAUAUGGGUACUAAUAAUAUGGGUAAUAGUAAUAUGGGUACUAAUAAUAUGGGUAAUAAUAAUAUGGGUACUAAUAAUAUGGGUAAUAAUUAUAUGGUUCAUAGUAAUAUGGGUAAUAAUAAUAUGGUUCAUAAUAAUAUGGGUAAUAAUUAUAUGGGUAAUAAUUAUAUGGGUACUAAUCAUAUGGUUCAUAAUAAUAUGGGUACUAAUCAUAUGGGUACUAAUCAUAUGGGUAAUAAUUAUAUGGGUAAUAAUCAUAUGGGUACUAAUCAUAUGGGUAAUAAUUAUAUGCGAAAUAAUAAUAUGAUCAAUCAUGUGAUCAAUAAUAUGGUCAAUAAUAUGGUCAAUAAUAUGGUCAAUAAUAUGGUCAAUAAUAUGGUCAAUAAUAUGGUCAAUAAUAUGGGCAACAAUAUGGGCAACAAUAUGGGCAACAAUAUGGGAAACAAUAUGGGCAACAAUAUGGGCAACAAUAUGGUCAAUAAUAUGGGCAACAAUAUGGUCAAUAAUAUGGGCAACAAUAUGUGCAACAAUAUGGGCAAUCAUAUGGGUAAUUAUCGCAUAGGUAAUUAUAAUAUGGGUAAUAAUUUGAAUAGUAAUAAUUAUAUGGUAAAUAAUUAUUCUAAUAUUACAUAUGGGAAUAAUAACAAUGAUGUUAAUAGAAAUAUGAAUUACAAUUAUGCUGGUUAUAAUAAUAUGUAUACUAGAUGCCUAAAUAAUAAUAAUAUGAAUAAUACUCCGCAAUACAUGAUACCGAAUAAGAAAAACAAAAUUUCCGCUGUACAUCCUUUUUCAAAAGAAACAAAUUCAGGCAUCAUAUUAAAUAAUGUAUUAUCUGAGGAUUAUACAUUAUCUAGAAAUUUAGGAUAUAAUUUAAAUUUUCCUAUGAUUCAAAGCGAAAAUGAUUUUAAUUCUACUCCUUCAAAUAUAGAAUCUGUAAAUAAUCAACCUUUAAAUGUCGAACCUGCAAUCUUUGAAGCUGUAAAUCGUGAAUUGUUGGAUGCAGAAUCUUUAAAUGAUCAAUAUGUAUGUGAUGAAAAUUCAAACACAGAUGUCAUAAAAUCGAAACCUUUAGUUUAUAAUCCUUUAGAUGAUGAACAUGAAAAUAAUGAAUGGAUAGAUGGAGAAUAUAUAAAUGAACAAUAUAUGAAUGAUGAAUAUGUAAAUGAUGAAUAUAUAAAUGAUGAAUAUAUAAAUGAUGAAUAUGUAAAUGAUGAAUAUGUAAAUGAUGAAUAUGUAAAUGAUGAAUAUAUAAAUGAAGAAUGGAUGAACAAAGAAUACAUAAAUGAACAAUCGAUGAAUGAACAAUAUAUAAAUGGACAAUCGAUGAAUGAAGAAUAUACAAAUGAACAAUAUACAAAUGAACAAUAUACAAAUGAACAAUAUAUAAAUGAAGAAUAUAUAAAUGAAGAAUAUAUAAAUGAAGAAUAUAUAAAUGAAGAAUAUAUAAAUGAACAAUCUAUAAAUGAACAAUAUGUAAAUGAAGAAUAUAUAAAUGAACAAUAUAUAAAUGAAGAAUAUAUAAAUGAAGAAUAUAUAAAUGAACAAUAUACAAAUGAAGAAUAUAUAAAUGAACAAUAUACAAAUGAAGAAUAUACAAAUGAAAAAUCGACAGAGGAUCAAUCUUUAAGUGACAAAAUUGUAUGUAAUGAACCAUUAAGUGCUGCAACUUUAAAUAGAAAUUUUUCAGAAUAUAGUCAGAGAAAUACCGAAUCUUUAUGUAAUGAAUCUUUAAGUGAUCCAUAUAUGAAUAAUGAUAAUUCAGAUUCUCAAUAUUCAAAUUCUUAUGAAACAGAAAACGACAAUUUAAGUUCUGAAAAUCAAAAUGUGGAUGAUCUAAGUGCUCACAUUCAAAUUAAUGAUAAUUCAUUUCGUUCCUCUUCAAGUAAUAUCCCUUUAAAUGUUGAUCCUACAAAAGUAGAAACUUCAAAUAUUCUUCCUUUAAGUAUAGAAGGAACAAAUAGUGCACCCUUAAAUUCUAGUCGUUCUCAUUCUGAUCCAUUUCCUUUUCAUAAUCCCAAUACAUCCAUUUUAGAUAUUUGUCGUUCACGAUAUUUCUCUUCAAACUUUCCUUUUGAAAACACAAUGGAACAAAAUGAACAAGUUGAACAAAGUGUUUAUAUCUCCAAUCAUUUUAUAAAAGCAAAUCAUGUAGAAGACAAACAAAUUACACCCAUAGAUACUUUUAUUUGUAAUAAUCUAUUAGUUCAAAAUGGAAUCACACAGAAAGAAAUCAGUGAAAAAAAAAAUGAAAAAAUUAUUGAAAAUGAAAAUAUGGUUGAAAAGGAAAAUAGGGUUGAAAAGGAAAAUAUGGUUGAAAAGGAAAAUAUGGUUGAAAAUGAAAAAAUUAUUGAAAACGAAAAAGUAGUUAAAAAUGAAAAUAUUAUUGAAAAUGAAAAAAUUAUUGAAAACGAAAAUAUGAUUGAAAAUGAAAAAAUUGUUGAAAACGAAAAUAUUAUUGAAAAUGAAAAAAUUAUUGAAAACGAAAAAGUAGUUAAAAAUGAAAAUAUGGUUGAAAAUGAAAAAAUUAUUGAAAACGAAAAUAUGAUUGAAAACGAAAAUAUGAUUGAAAACGAAAAUAUGAUUGAAAACGAAAAAGUUGUUGAAAAAAAUUCACGUUUGAUUAAAAAAGAACAUAACAUAAGCAUGCUAAAUGUGCCGAACUAUUAUGAAAAUAAUACAAGGGAAAAGGAUAUAACAAAUUAUAACAAUAUAUUAGGAGAUCCAUUAGUUAAUGAAAUUUCUACAUUGUCUUAUAAACCUUAUAGUACUUAUAACUGCAUUUCCAAUAUAAUAGAAGAAGAAAAAGAAAUAAAAAAAUUUGUAAAAAAAAGAAAAAAAAAUUCUAUUAAUCAUAUAAAUAGAAAUGAAAAAAUAUAUAUAGGUAAUAAUAAGAAAAAUUACAUUAUUGAAAAUAUAUGUAAACGUUUUCAUUUUCAUUCAUUAGGAUUAUAUGGUGGUCUACCAGAAAUAAAUGUUAAUAAAGAUAAAAAUUUAUAUAAUAACUUACAUAUUACAAAUUGUUUAUUAUUUAAAAAAGAGACAACUGAAGAAGUUUUGAAAAAAAAUUUUCUGAAUAACGAAAUAAAUAUCAUGUCAUAUUAUUAUAACAAUAUCUUAUAUCGUUUAAGAAUGAAGAAAAAAUAUGAAGGCAUAAUACAUGAUAAAUUCCAUUUAUAUCAUAAAUUAAAAGAAUUAAUAAAAUAUCAAUAUAAAGAAUAUCUACUACAUAAAACAGUGUACCCUAGAAAUAUAUGUAGAAAUGAACAUAUGAAUCAAAGAGAUAAUUUCUCGAAAGAUAUAUAUAUAAAUGAGGAUCAUAAUAAAACAGAAUUAAACAUUGAAAAAAUAUCAAAAGAAAAUAAUGAAGAAAAUAAAAAUACAUAUAUGAAUACUACAUCUUAUAAAGAAUUACUUGGAAAUUAUAUAAACUUUUUGGAUACAUUUAAUUUAUAUGAUAAUAUAUAUAGCAAAGAAAAAUAUGAAACAGAUGAAAAUUAUCUCAUGCUUAAUAAUAAGGAACCUAGUAUUUCUUACAAUUUUAAUAGUAAUUAUAAUAAUGAUUUACUAAAUUCUGUUAAUGUGUAUGAAUAUAUAUAUAAAGAUAUUUACUAUGAUAGUUAUUAUGAUAAAAAUACUUAUAUAUACUAUGAUAAUAUAUAUACGUUUCAUAGAACAAAUAGCUUUAUUAACGAUGAAAAUGGUUCCUACCAUCUUUUAAAUUAUCCAUUAGAAGAUAAAAUAGAAAAUAUGAAUUAUUCUGAGAAAAAAAAGAAACGCAAAAGAAAAAUAACACAUAAUAAAGAUAUGAACGUUAAUUUAAAAAGAACAAAAAUUAAAUAUGAAAAUGAAAAUAUUAUUUCUGAUAAGUUAAAUGUUAUGAAUACAGAAUAUAAUUAUAUUCAUAAACAUGAUGAAAAAGAAAAAAGAUCAUGUAUACUUAAUAAUGAUAAUAAGAAUCAUAAAAAAUUAUUAUUAAAAGACAAAAAGAUUUAUAAUGUUAAAAAAAAGUGGGAAAAAAUGUUACCUAUAUCAAAACGUAAAAAGUUAUCUACACAAAUAUAUAUAAACAAAAUAAAAAAAAACAUGCAAAAAUCAUGCAAAAUAUUAAACAUUAAAUAUAAGGAUGUAAUAUAUUCGGAAUUUUUUAGGUUGUCAUCCAAGAGGAAAAAAAAAUGUAAUGAAUUAUUAAAUGGAGAGAAGCAUGUGCAAAAAAAUAAAACUUAUGCUUUGUUGAACGGAGGGGAUACUUUCAUAGAAGACCAAAAGAAGGGGAAGCAAUAUAAGAAAGAGGAAAGGAAACAUAUCGUACAAGGGGAAAUAAAAGAGAAAGAAAAAUGUACAUUGGGUGGUAGUGAAAGAGAUACAUUAAAAGGUAGAGAACGAGAUACAUUAAAAGGUAGAGAACGAGAUACAUUAAAAGGUAGGGAAAGAGAUACAUUAAAAGGUAGAGAACGAGAUACAUUAAAAGGUAGAGAAAGAGAUACAUUAAAAGGUAGAGAACGAGAUACAUUAAAAGGUAGAAAACGAGAUACAUUAAAAGGUAGGGAAAGAGAUACAUUAAAAGGUAGAGAACGAGAUACAUUAAAAGGUAGAGAACGAGAUACAUUAAAAGGUAGAGAACGAGAUUCAUUAAAAGGUAGAGAACGAGAUUCAUUUAGAGGUAAAGAAAGAGAUUCAUUUAGAGGUAAAGAAAGAGAUACAUUAAAAGGUAGAGAACGAGAUUCAUUUAGAGGUAAAGAAAGAGAUUCAUUUAGAGGUAAAGAAAGAGAUUCAUUUAGAAGUAGAGAAAGAGAUUCAUUUAGAAGUAGAGAAAGAGAUUCAUUUAGAAGUAGAGAAAGAGGUUCAUUUAGAAGCAGAGACAGGGGUUCAUUUAGAAAUAGAGAAAGAGGUUCAUUUAGAAAUAAAACAGGAGAUGCAUAUAAAAAUAGAGAUAUAAAUUUAUAUAAAGAAGAAAACAAUAAAAAAAAAGACCAUUAUUAUGUAGAUAAAUAUCAUUAUAUAAAUAAAUAUUACCCAGAAAAAUAUUCCAGAAAAUUUAAUUAUAACCAUUUGAGUGGUUCUUAUCAUAAUGCACAAACAUAUGAUUCCUUAAGGUAUAAACAAAAAGAGAAACCAUAUAAGAUUACAGAAAAUAAUAAGAAAAAUGAGAGAAACGAAAUAUUAAAAUGCUCAAUAGAAAAUGAAGAAAAAAAUAAUUAUGAUAAAGAACAAAAUGAAAAUUGUAUAUUAGAUAAGGAUACUCCAUGUAAUGUAAAUACAAAGGAGAAAAAUAAUUUAGAUAAUAAAAAAUUAUUUCCAUCUAAUAUAAAUGUUAAGAUGGAAAAAGAAGAGAAAAUCUAUGGAAUAAUGGAUGACAGAAAGGAUGAUAAAAAGAAUGAAAAUACAAGGGAGAAAAAUAAUUUAGGUAAUAAAAAAUUAUUUCCAUCUAAUAUAAAUGUUAAGCUGGAAAAAGAAGAGAAAAUCUAUGAAAUAAUGGAUGACAAAAAGAAUGAAAAUACAAGGGAGAAAAAUAAUUUAGAUAAUAAAAAAUUAUUUCAGUCUAAUAUCAAUUUUAAGCUGGUAAAAGAAGAAAAAAGCGAUGACAAAAAGGAUGACAAAAAAAUUGACAAAAAGAAUGACAAAAAGAAUGACAAAAAGGAUGACAAAAAGAAUGACAAAAAGAUUGACAAAAAGAUUAACAAAAAGAAUGAUAAAAAGAAUAACAAAAAGAAUAACAAAAAGAAUAAUAAAAAGGUUGAAAAGAAGAAUAAAAUAAAGUAUGAAAUAAAGAAUGAAAAAAAAGAUGAAAUAAAGGAUGAAAAUAAAAAAUGUAAAUAA